UCCAUAAGGAAAAUACGGGAAUAACGUUGAGAAUGCUAACGGAUGACCCUGCAGCUAUAUCCACUUUCAAUACACCGAAUUAAGAAGAUAAGUAGAAAGAAUAGGUACGAUCUUAAAAGCUUGUUCAGAUCUCUCGGCAAUCCUUCAACACCGCUAUUCGUGUUGUGGUCUUGAGCUUGGAUAUUGUGGCCAUGAAUGACAGCGAGAAGUCACCAACAACGUCGAAAGGUCACCAUGGUGAUGAGACACAGACUUAUUCAUCCAAAGAAGAGGGUUCGAUAUCACAAACACGUCAACAACAAACCACAGACCAACUAGAAGAUUCAGACAAUGAGGAAGACAAUGACUCCCAAAAUAACGAAGAUCACGACAAUGAGCCUAGAGACCUCGAAACACUCUCUCGGGUCUCUAGCGGGCCACCGUAUAGCGUUUUUUCGCCCUCCGUGAAGAGGUGGAUAAUCUUCAUGAACUGCAUAUCAGCUUUCAUCUCCCCAAUUACAGCAAACAUUUAUUUUCCGGCAAUCCCCGCCUUAUCGGACGGCCUCGGCGUCACGGUUGCACAGAUUAAUUUGACAUUGACGACUUAUAUGAUCUUUCAAGCCUUGGCGCCUACCUUUUUCGGCGACUUUGCCGACGUCGCUGGAAGGAGGCCGGCCUUUAUUAUCGCUUUUACCAUUUAUCUAGGCGCCAAUAUCGGCCUAGCUCUCCAACGAGACUAUGCCGCAUUACUAAUCCUACGGAUGUUACAGAGCGGUGGGAGCAGCGGCACGCUUGCUCUAGUAUACGCCGUAGUUGCGGAUAUAGCCACGACAUCCGAACGUGGGAAGUAUAUGGGCAUUGUUGGAGCUGGAUUAACCAUCGGGCCUGCCGUCGGGCCCAUCAUCGGCGGCUUGCUCUCUCAGUACCUUGGGUGGCCGUCUAUAUUCUGGUUCCUAUGUAUCGUCUCCAUUGUUUGGAUGGUCCCAUACAUUCUAGCUGUUCCAGAGACCGGGAGGAAAGUGGUGGGGAAUGGAUCCAUCCCGCCUCGGGGUUGGAAUAUGACCCUUCUUGACUAUCUCCGUUUUAGGCGCCAAGCCCGGAACCGACCGUCCAGUCAUACGCAGCAGAAGCUUCGGUUUCCCAACCCAUUCCAUACCCUUGCCGUCAUAGGCAAUAAGGACAUGGCCAUGGUGCUAUUCUAUAACGCUACUCUCUACAUUGGCUUUAUGCUUAUCACGUCCACACUUUCCUCUCAGUUCGCUGAGAUUUACCAUUAUAACGAAAUACAACUUGGACUUUGCUAUCUACCGAUCGGAGGAGCGACAACUAUAUCCUCGAUUUGUAUGGGGUACAUGAUAGACUGGAACUACCGACGUAUAGCUAAGAAGUUGGGUGUGAAUAUCGACAAGAAGCGCGGGAACGAGCUAAAAGGUUUCCCCAUCGAGAGGGCGCGUCUUCAGCUUGUCUACCCACUCGUUUUUAUUGGAACUGCUGCGUAUAUCGGAUAUGGCUGGUCGUUGUAUUACGAAACACAUAUCGCUGUGCCUCUGGUGCUUUCAUUCUUCAUCGGCUUAUGCGUAACUGGACCUUUCCAGAUCAUCAAUGUUUUGAUUGUGGACUUGUAUCCUUCGGCCCCGGCCACGGCAACAGCCGCGAACAACCUGUGUCGGUGUCUUUCUGGUGCCGUGGCUACAGCGGUAAUUCAGUACAUAAUCGACGCUUGGGGUCGAGGAUGGGCAUUUACCUUCAUUGCGCUCAUUUUUACUGUUUUCUCUCCCGCUCUUUGGGUUAUCCAAAAAUACGGACCGAAGUGGAGAGAGGAGAGGCUAGAGAAGAUGAGAAUAGCCGCCGAGAAAAAGGAGGCGAGGGAGCGAGAAAAGGAAAAUGCUGCUCUCGAGCAAGACAUUGGUGUUCUCGCGCAAUCUCGGUCUAACGUCUAAUUGGGCUAAAUUGGCGUACUCCAGACGCAGUUGGGUAUGGAAACAUGGAGGGAAAAGAACCAUUUAUAAUCGUGUUAGAUGCCUUAUAAUCUUUUUGAAUGUCUUGGAAGAGCGAAGGAUCUCCUUGUAGUAUAAUGAUUACGUUGGAUGAUACACGACCAUAUGAACAUGUACAAGGAGAUACCCAUUUAGAGCACGUCGAAACGAGAUAUAAAAGUUUUGAAGAUAGAAUUCAUAUCAUUAUUAUUUAGAUAAUCACAAUUAUUACUAUAAAUACCUAGGUAAACUUGCAACGACCUGUUGCUUGAGUACGAUACUUCGAUAUUUGGAAGUUAUCGAUAAUCUGCAUAAAUACAC